GAGUUCAAACCGAUCAUCUAUUUUAAGAAUUAAUUAAUUGCUCAAGCGGUAAUAUCAAUCCAUUGACCCAAAGCAUUUAUCAAUUCUUUCCCUUUCAUGGAACAUAGCUUUCAUGUGGUGGCAUCAAGAGGUAGCAUUCAAAAUCCCAACGAAACCCCACGCCAUGGGAGAAACAGUUGAAACACUCGCCCCAUUUCCCCCUUUUUCAAAAAUCCAAUCUCCUCCUCUCACGAACUCAGAUGGGCGAAUCAAAAUUCGACCCUAUUCCCUCAGAUGUAACGAAUUAACCCCACAGAUGCUCUUCAGGACCCACUGAUUCCUCCAAUCCUCUGUUUCUUCUGCGUCUUCGUCUUGUUUUCUCCCUCCUCUCACGUUUUUCUUCGAUCCCUCUUUUUCUGGAGGGAAGAAGAAGAAGAAAAAAGGAGAAAUGGAAAGCGUGGCGGCGUGGCAAGCGGUGGCUUUAUCUGGGUUCCUCUCGUGGAUUGGUUUAGCCUCCUACAUUAACAUUACCCAGAAGCUCAGAUCCUUGCUUCAGCCUUGGGCGGCUCGACAUGUCGUCAAUGGCGCUCCUCUCGUCCUCCGAAUCCAGAAAUAUCAGAAUUGGUUCUUGGAUGCGCUGUUUUCUGGGUUGUCUUGCAUUGUUUCUGUGCCCUUCUACACUGCUUUUCUUCCUCUGCUAUUUUGGAGUGGGCAUGGAAAAUUGGCUCGGCAGAUGACCCUUUUGAUGGCUUUCUGUGAUUACUUAGGGAAUUGCAUUAAGGAUGUAGUAUCAGCUCCUAGACCCAGUUGCCCACCUGUUAGGAGAAUAACUGCCACGAAAGAUGAGGAAGAAAAUGCCAUGGAAUAUGGAUUGCCCUCUUCUCACACGUUAAAUACAGCCUGUUUAUCUGGAUUCCUCUUGUAUUAUAUCCUAUCUUAUGCUCCAAAUGUAAAUCCCGCCUAUGAAUUUGCGGGAUUUGCCCUUGUUUGUUUGCUUGUAGGCCUCAUUGGCUUGGGAAGACUAUACCUGGGCAUGCAUAGCCCAAUUGACGUCAUUUGUGGUCUUGUUUUGGGCUUGAUGAUUCUCUUAUUUUGGUUGAAUGUCCAUGAAUACGUGGACAGCUUCAUUACCACUGGCCAAAACGUUACAUAUUUCUGGGGUGCCCUAAGCAUUCUGUUACUCUUUGCUUAUCCUACUCCUGAGUUUGCUACUCCAAGCUUUGAAUACCACACAGCUUUCGAUGGCGUUGCACUUGGAAUUGUAGCAGGAGUACAGCAAACAUACCAUCAGUUUCACCACGAAGACGUUGCACGUAUAUUUACUGCACAACUCCCCUUUCCCACGUUUCUUGGGCGGAUGCUCGUCGGUUUACCUACUAUAUUAACCGUGAAGUUCUGUAGCAAAGCUCUUGCUAAAUGGAUCCUCCCCAUUGUUUCAAACACCUUGGGCAUGCCCAUUAGAUCAACCAGCUAUAUUCCACUGUUAAAUUCAUCUUCAACAGGUAAGGUGGAUGGGACCAAACAACAUGGUCAUCUCUAUAAGCUGUUCUUCUUCCCAAGCCAGGGCUCGUUUGACAUCGACACGGGCAUUAGGUUCCUUCAAUAUGCAGGCCUUGCGUGGUCUGUGGUUGAUCUUGUUCCCUCAAUUUUCUCUUAUCUGAACUUGUGAUAUGUUAACCCAAAGACAGAUCGGUUCAAUUUUUACCUAAUUGAAUCCUGAGUUCUCUCCAUAUAUUUCAUUGUACUUAGCAAAUGUGGUUCAAGAGCUCAUGAAAUUAUUCUGUAAAAUGAGAUGUGGUAGUUUUGUUCAGCGACUAUAUAUGAGAAAUAUAGCUUUGAAAAA